AUGGGGAGCUACGCGAAGGCGAUUAUGACCGGCUUCAUAUGCAGGCUGUGCUCGGAGCAGAAGAAAAAGGUCAUACAUUUGUACAGUGGCAAAGCUAGGAAACUGGCCUUAAUGGAAAAAAUUAAGCUGCUGCCCAUCACAAUUGACAAGUACGAUAAUUUACCAAAGACAGUUUGUGAACAGUGUAUCGAAAGGUUGGAGAUUCAGUACAAUCUCGUACUCAAAAUAAAGAAGAGUAACGCGAUCCAGCGCAGCCACAGGUUGUUCCACAGCAACGGGCGGUGUCCUGUGGAGUGCCCCCUGCACGGCAUUCACGACCCGAACUGGGCCGGCUUAGAUAGUGACGAGUUAUGAUUAGUUGGUGUAAAUUAAUGUACCGUAAGUUUUUGUGAUUUUCUUUGAAAUAAAACAUUGUCAAUA